CCGUCGAGCCCAGCCAGAGCGGCGCUUGCAGAGGCGGAGCCCCCCGAGGAAGGGGCGCUGGCUGGACUGAUGCUCAUCUUUCUAGGUGUGUUCCCUGCUAGUCUUUUUUUGACGCCACACACCUUGCAUCGUGAGGAGGCCAAGCCAAAUGCCUUGAGGGAAGGGCGUGCUUCUGACGUGCCAGGACAAGGCCUUCCCAAAGACGAGACCCUUUGUGCUCCCUUGUGCCUCUCACCCUCCAGAACUGCUUUUUCGUGGGCCGCUUGGUCUUGCACCAACACUCUCCUCCCUCUGGUGUCUGGAACUCAGAUCAUAUCAGCAGAAGCUGAAUUACCAGCACACCUCAAUGAAGAGUCCAGGCAUGGCUGUGUUUAAACAACAGAAGGUGGAAGACAUUUAUGAAAUUGGGGAAGAGCUGGGAAGUGGCCAGUUUGCAAUAGUGAAGAAAUGCCGGGAGAAGAGCACAGGGGUGGAGUAUGCGGCCAAAUUCAUCAAGAAGCGCCAGAGCCGCGCCAGCCGCCGUGGGGUGAGGCGCGAGGAGAUCGAGCGGGAGGUACAUAUCCUGCAGCAGAUCCUCCACGCCAACAUCGUCGAGCUGCACGACGUCUAUGAGAACAAGACGGACGUGGUCCUCAUCCUUGAGCUGGUGUCUGGAGGAGAACUUUUUGAUUUCCUGGCCCAGAAAGAGUCUUUAAGUGAGGAGGAAGCCACCCAGUUCAUCAAGCAGAUUCUGGACGGGGUCAGCUACCUACACACCAAGAAAAUCGCCCACUUUGAUUUAAAGCCCGAGAACAUCAUGCUGCUAGACAAGAACACCCCCAUCCCCCACAUAAAACUGAUUGACUUCGGUCUGGCGCACGAAAUAGAAGAUGGAGUUGAAUUCAAGAACAUUUUUGGAACGCCAGAAUUUGUCGCACCGGAAAUCGUAAACUACGAACCUCUUGGGCUGCCAGCAGACAUGUGGAGUGUAGGAGUUAUCACGUACAUACUGCUCAGCGGGGCAUCGCCGUUCCUCGGGGAAACCAAGCAGGAGACGCUGGCCAAUAUCACCGCCGUGAACUAUGAAUUUGAUGAGGAGUUUUUCAGCCACACAAGUGACCUCGCCAAAGACUUUAUACGCAAGCUUCUGGUGAAAGAUACGCGGAAGCGUCUUGCAAUACAAGAAGCGCUCACCCAUCCCUGGAUAACGCCGACAGAUAAACGUCAGGCCAUGGUGAGGCGGGAGUCUGUCAUUAACCUGGAGAACUUCAGAAGGCAAUACGCCAGGAGGCGAUGGAAGCUUGCUCAAAGCAUCGUCACUCUCUGCAACCACUUGUCUCGCUCCUUGAUGAGGAGGGUCCACCUGAUGCCGGAGGAAGGCCUGCGCAAUUGCGAAAGUGACCACGAGGAAGACGUUGCGGCCAGGUGGGCGGCUCAGCAUCACUUGAGGCGGCGGAGGAGCAGCAGCAUCUCUUAGCGCAGGAACAGGCGCCAGCCUGGACCAGGGAGGGCCUCCGAGCGCCGCUGGGACUGCCGGGCCUUGUGCCUCGGAGGGUCCACGUGUCCCCAAGAGUCUGCAGGAAGCCAAAGCGCCUGAGAGGGAAGAACCCACCACAGGCCUGGCAGUCCAGCAACCGUGCAGGGGGCCGUGGCGGUGCCAGGCCCCAGCUCUGAGCCAUGGCACUUUCCCUCAUCACCCUCAGCAGGCCGCUAACUUUCCAGAAGGAGAGACGCUGCUUUGAAAGCCACGAGGCAGAAAACAGACUGCUGGCUCUGGGUCCUGGAAAGCCCCCCCUCCUCCUCCUCCUCCUGGCUCCUCUGUCUGGAGGCGGCCUUGGCAGCUGGAGGGACUUGGUUGCCUGGGGCUCUGCUCCUGAUCCUCCUGGGAUGCAGCCCUGUCUGGUGCUACCUGGGCAGGUGCAGUGAGGAUGGCUGCAGCCAGGUGAAGGAAGAAACAGCAGCAUUGCACUCCAAAGUAGCCUCAGGAUUGUUUGAGAUCUCCUGGGCUGGCAGUAGUGGCCAUUCCUUGUUCCCUUCCUAAAUGCAGUGUGUGUGUGUGUGGGGGGGGGACCCGCAAAGCCCCCCCUCGGCCUAGAGGUCUUUCUGGGCACCUCCCAGUCCUACAGGGGUGAGAAUGGAAACGAUGGCUUUUUGUAAUCGGAGGGCCCUUGAGGAGGACUGGGGGAGAAAGCAAGCAAGAGCACGUUCCUGUUCUGAAUGCUCCACCUGUGUGGGCGACGUGGGCCCCAGUGCACGUGCUCUUUGCUGUCCGUAAAAGGAGGCCCAUCCCCCCUCUCUUUUUUUAAAAACGCUGAUUCCGUGACCCAAGUGCUACCGAUCGCCUGGGGCAGCAAAAAUGAACAGUCCUGGCUGGGGUGUCUGAAGGGCUCACAAAAUGUACUUCCAACACAUGAUGAAUUAGGAGUUUUGUUGUUGUUGAGUAGUUUAAAGUGUAUCUUGUAAAGACACCUUGAGCCAUGGGGGAAAGUGAGAUGUCAGCGUUUUCAUUCAUAAAUAAAAAUAAAGCUUUUGUGGACUCGGGCCCACUCUGGUCCACCAAAGCUUCUGAUGGCUGAUAGUCUUUGAGGUGCUGCCUUGUCCUAGGAACUAGCAAGCCAAGGUGCCUCUUUAUUGGGUGCAGAACAAUAUGGCCAGAUUAGAGGAGUUCUGCAAGUCCUGUCUAAUCAAUGACAUCAGAGACAAGCUGCCUUCGCACGCAAACAGUUCUUUGUGCUCCAGAGAAUCACCUGUCACGUUUUUAUCCUGCCUUGUCAGCAAGGAGCUGAGACUGGUUCUCCCUUCCCCAUUUUAUUCCCUGUGAUGUAGAGUAGACAGAGAGAGACUUAAUCGAUCUUGAUGGCUGAGCGUCUCUCUACAUGAGAUGCCUUGGUGCAUGCUCAAGUGUAGGGAGAUGCAAUGUUAGCCAGGAAGCAUAGUUUUAAAAGAUAGAGCCAGCAGAGAUCUUGCCUCAGAGGGUUUGUUAAUUUCAUCUUUGCCUCCUGGAAGGCUCUGUCAAUUUCACCUCUCCAGUCUAAAACUGUGUGGGAUCUCAACCAGAGGGCAGCGAGGAAUGGAAAUGGGCUGGAGCUCUUUUCAGAGCCGGGCUCGGACCUAGAGACGCUGUAAUGGGCUGAAGUUUCCCUUCUGGCAUUUCACAGCCCCUUCACACAGCUCCAGUGUAUAGCAAAGCCUUUGCCCUGCUGCCGGCUCUGUCUUUUUAAACUACCCUUCCCAGCUAACAUUGCAUCUCCUGACACGUGUUCUUUAUGUGUCAGAUGUCUCGAGUAGAGGGGCUCUGAGUGGGGUCGUAAAUCGGGGUUUUCUCAAUCGUAGUCGGACACCCUAAGCCCCACCCCACGCUGUCUCUGCAUGGGACGUUUCUGCUUAUGUUGACGUGCAGCCUUGCAUUGGGCCUGCCUUUUCCUUCCCUGGACCUCUGCAGCUGCAUUCCCCUUGGGCCGCUUGCCACGCCCGUGUCCAGGGUCAGACCAGCUCAGCCAAGGGCAGCCAGAGGCCUUUCCAGCUGCUCCCAACCCAUGAAGGAAGGGUAGCACGUCCAAUCACUGCUCAAGGUUUUGUCAUCCCACCUCACAAGAUCUCUUUGUACGUUACAAUUUUAAAGUGCACAGCCCUCUCCAAAAUGCACGGAAUUGCAGAGAGCCAGUCGUGCACGAAUCCCAGUCUUUUCUAGCAGGAGAGCCCCUACACGGGAAGGGGAGAGAAGCAGUUUCUUCAAAUGUUCUCUCCUUUCUCAAGAGGUGAGCUGCAUACUCCACCGAUUGGCUGCGCGUCUGCACACUUUGUGCACAUGUGUGGUGAAGGAGGGUCUCUCAGGGCCUGCUGCCUCUGUGUCCAUGAAUGUUAAAUCUCCGUUUCUCUCCUUUCAUCUUGAGACUGACACGCACUCCUUCAGAGCAGCUCUUGCAUAAAACCCCUGCAGCGAGGUGGGAGGGGGCUCUUUGGGGGCCAUCUGUCCAUGCGCCAGAGUCUUCAUUGCAUUCAGAUGCAUUCUUCCCCCACUCGCUCAUGUGCCUGGCGGGAACCCAGCUGGAGUAUGGGACUACACUGUUACGUUAAUUGUAUUAUAUGAUGAUAAGGAAAUGUUCCCUCUGGACAUUUCCCUGUGAUUUCUCCUUUCCCCCUUUUCUGUAGACUGACAUGUAUUUGCCUUUUUGUUUACUCAAUACAACUGUACAUUUUUACUCCUGUGGACAUUGUUCAGCUUUUGCUUUUGUAUUUUGGAAAAA